CUGAUCAGUCUCUCUGGACACAUUCUGCAGGAGGUGUUGCAGUUGCUGCAAUGUGGCUCUUUGAAACAACCAGUGUGAUAAUGGUGAUUACUCUCACGUCGCCAGGUGAUUGUGAGAGAGAAUGGAAGGUGACUUUCAACGAUACAGAUCCGUGUGCCUUAAAAGGGUCAUCAGUGGUGUUUGGAUGCAGUUAUGACUACCCCUCAUACCAGACUGUAACAAAUACCUUCUGGAAGUUCAAGACUCAAAAUGCUGACACAAAUUUCUAUGAGGCCCAGCAAUACAGAGACCGUGUAGAAUACCUUGGAAAUGAACAACACAACUGCACCUUGAGAAUGAAUAACCUAAUUAGUAGUGAUGCAAAUUCCUAUUACUUCAGAUUUAAGACAGUUAAUAAUGCAUGGAGCAGUAAAACAUCAGUUUCACUAACUCUGACAGGGCUGACAGCUGAAGUAAACCCUGCCACUGUGAGAGAGGGAGAGAAGGUGACACUAACAUGUGAAACAACCUGUACACUGAGUGACCAUCCCACUAUUGUCUGGUUCAGGGAUAGACACUCAGUAUCAAAAACAGAGUUUCAGGCAAAUAGUGAGGAUUCUGGUAUAUACCGAUGUGCUGUUCAAGGUCAAUAUAAUCUCUCCUCUGCUCCAGUGUCUCUUGAUGUCCAAUAUGCUCCAAAGAAUGUCACAUUGUCGGUGCAUCCAUCUGGAGAUGUUACUAAGGGUAUCUCAGUUACUCUUUACUGCAGCUGCAGUGCAAACCCCCCCGUGUUGGACUACAUCCUGUAUAAGGAGAGUGGACAGAGCUUCACCACUGUGGCUGGGUGGCAGACUCACACCUUUUCUAACAUCCAGCCAGAGGACAGUGGAUGGUACUACUGUAAUGCCAGCAACAGUAUCAACACAGUCAGAUCUAAUCUAACUGCCCUCAAUGUUCAAUACCCUCCUGAGGACACCUCUGUGUCAGUCAGUCCCUCUGGUCCAGUGGUAGAGGGAAGCUUUGUGAAUCUGACCUGUAGCAGCCAUGCUAACCCAGCAGUGAGCUACACCUGGUACAGAGUCAAUGGGAAAAGCCCUAUCCAGUCAGGGACUCAGUUGAUACUUGAGAAGGUCUCUCCUGCUAACUCAGGGAGGUAUUACUGUAAGGCACAGAACAAACAUGGAGCCCUCAACUCAUCACUCCUGUUUCUUGAUGUUCUGUAUCCCCCAAGGAACACCUUGGUAUCAAUCAGUCUCUCUGUCCCACUGUUAGAGGGAAGUUCUGUGAACCUGACCUGCAGCAGCCACGCCAACCCAGCAGUGGAGAACUACACCUGGUUUAAGAAGGAUGGAACAGACACCUCACAGACAGGGUCAGGAGAGGUGUUGGCAUUGACCUCUCUAACCUCCUCUGACAGUGGACAGUACUUCUGUGAGGCCAGGAACAGAGAAGGGGCUCACAAGUCUACCGAGGUGUCUCUGAUCAUACAGGGUGCUAAUCAUGCUACUUUCCAAAUAGCAGUUUACAUUGGUUCCGCGGCCACAGUUUUCACGGUGAUCGUACUUCUUGUGUUCUUGUGGAUGUGGAAGAUCCCGUUCAAAUUAUGUCAAAGGACUGCUGUGGACAUAGAGGACGAUCAAAACUCAGUCUUAUCCAGAAAAAGGACCAGUAAUGACCCAGCCACACAGGGAACUAGAACAGAGGAACAGGAAAAUGCCCUCUAUGACAACGUUCAACUGCCUCCCUCUCACACCCACCACCAAGACAGUUCUCUGUACUCUGUGGUCGAGCCACCAGCUCUGCAGAACCCUCCUGAACCUCAUUACGCUACCUUUGACUUCCAGCUGUUCCGCAGCUCCAUCGACGAGGCCCAAUUCUCCCGAUGCCAUAAAGAGGAUGAUGUUGUAUACUCCACAGUGAAAGCCAUAAAGGCCAACGUGACAGACGACAUCCAGUACGCCAGCAUCCAUUUCCCCCUCCCCAGUCCUACUGCCAGGCUGGAAGAAAGUUUAGAGGUGGACCAUUCUGUUAUCUACUCCACUGUUGCCAAACCAGAAGCCUGAAAAUAUAUUUUCAUAAUGUUGAAUAAACUAAGCUGCAUUGGAACGCAA